AUGGCAAAGAAUCCUCCAGAGAACUGUGAGGACUGUCACAUUCUAAAUGCAGAAGCUUUUAAAUCCAAGAAGAUAUGUAAAUCACUUAAGAUUUGUGGAUUGGUGUUUGGUAUCCUCACCCUAACUCUAAUUGUCCUGUUUUGGGGGGGCAAGCACUUCUGGCCUGAGACACCCAAAAAAACAUAUGACAUGGAGCACACUUUCUACAGCAACGGAGAGAAGAAGAAGAUUUACAUGGAAAUUGAUCCCAUGACCAGAACUGAAAUAUUCAGAAGUGGAAAUGGCACUGAUGAAACAUUGGAAGUACAUGACUUUAAAAAUGGAUACACUGGCAUUUACUUUGUAGGUCUUCAAAAAUGCUUCAUCAAAACUCAGAUUAAAGUGAUUCCUGAAUUUUCUGAACCAGAGGAAGAAAUAGAUGAGAAUGAAGAAAUUACCACAACUUUCUUUGAACAGUCAGUGAUUUGGGUCCCAGCAGAAAAGCCUAUUGAAAACCGAGACUUUCUUAAAAAUUCCAAAAUACUGGAGAUAUGUGAUAAUGUGACCAUGUAUUGGAUCAAUCCCACUCUAAUAGCAGUUUCAGAGUUACAAGACUUUGAGGAGGAUGGUGAAGACCUUCACUUUCCUACCAAUGAAAAAAAAGGCAUUGAACAAAACGAGCAGUGGGUGGUCCCUCAAGUGAAGGUGGAGAAGACCCGUCACGCCCGACAAGCAGCAAGUGACGAAGAACUCCCAAUCAAUGACUAUACUGAAAAUGGAAUAGAAUUCGACCCCAUGCUGGAUGAGAGAGGUUAUUGUUGUAUUUACUGCCGUCGAGGCAACCGCUACUGCCGCCGCGUCUGUGAACCUUUACUAGGUUACUACCCGUAUCCAUACUGCUACCAAGGAGGGCGGGUUAUCUGUCGUGUCAUCAUGCCUUGCAACUGGUGGGUGGCCCGCAUGCUGGGGAGGGUUUAA